CUCUCCUCAGGCCAUUGCAGACCCUUUCCUCUCUGAAAAACUCAAAAAGCAAAUCUCCAAUGGAGCUAAGAAGAAGCUUCUUCACAGCGCUGGGGUUCGUUCUGAGCUUUUUCAGCCGUGGAUGCUCUCUUUCAAUCACCGUGAGCAACAUGGAAUGUGUCUCCGAGGCCGUUCACUUUGAAGGAGACACCGUUUCUGGCUACUUCGUUGUUAUUGAUCACGACAUCUUUUGGAACUCCGAUCACCCCGGAAUCGAAUUCACUGUAACAUCUCCGGGAGGCGCCAUAGUGCAUGCUCUGAAGGGAACAUCCGGAGAAAAAUUUGAGUUCAAGGCCCCACAAAGUGGAACAUACAAAUUUUGUUUCAAUAAUCCAGUUGCUACCCCAGAGACUGUGUCUUUCUACAUACACGUUGGCCACAUCCCGAAUGAGUAUGAUUUAGCUAAAGAUGAACAUUUGGACCCUGUGAAUGUGAGGAUCACCGAGCUGAGGGAGGCCCUGUUGUCUGUCGCAGCCGAGCAAAAGUAUUUGAAAGCCCGGGAUGCUAGGCACCGUGCUACAAAUGAAAGCACCCGAAGGCGUGUGGUCUUCUACACAUUGGCAGAGUACAUUUUGUUGGCAGCUACAAGUGGGCUUCAAGUGGUAUACAUUCGUCGUCUAUUUAGCAAGUCAGUCGCAUACAAUAGAGUUUAAACAUCAACGCCAAAUCUCUUCAUACUAUCUUUCAUGAAUCAUGAAAAUAGUUGGUAUUAGGAUUUUUCUUGAAUUGAGUCUUACAUUUAAUUUAUUAGUUUUAAUUUGGAUAUUAUAGUAAGUCCAAAAAUAUAAUAAUUAUAAAUAUUUGGAC